AUGAACGAUAUAGAGGAAGAGGAUGAAAGUUCAUCAUCAGAAAAUGGAAAGGUUUGUUGUAAUCGAGCCACUUUAGUUGCUGAUGUUGCUGAACUCCUCGUUCAUAUGAGCAUUUUUAUUUUUCUGCUGCAGCUUUUGUUUAACUCUUGGGAUUUCUCAACUGAUGCUUUCAAAGGAGUUCCUGUAGAGAAUGAAGAACUUACCAGAUUGGAUCUUAUUAUACAAAGAGCGUUAGCUGGUUUCAAACGAUGGGAUGCUGUGUACAUGUUACAUAUUGCACAGCAUGAAUAUGUCUUUGAAAAUAGUUUGGCAUUUUUUCCGUUCUACCCCAUGACUAUAAGGCUCCUUUCUAUGGCUUGGGCAGCUCCAUUUGUUCAUUUCGGUUUUAUACAUGUGUCGUCCGCCUUGUUGAUAUCGGCAGUGGCGAUAAACCUGGGUUGCUUUCUUAUCGCGGCCGCUCUUCUUUAUCGCAUUGUGCUGCGUGUUUCCCGUUCUGUUAAACAAGCUAUAAUUGCUGUGCUGCUGUUCUCGGCAAACCCAGCAUCGAUAUUUUUCUCUGCUGCAUAUACAGAAUCGCUUUACUGCAUGUUAACCUUUGCUGGCAUUUGCGUACUACUAGAGGAUCGGCCGUCGUUUUUUAUACGCUAUCUCGGCUCUCUCCUCUGUUUCGGUCUCGCCUAUGCUACGCGAUCUAAUGGUUUGAUUAAUAUUGGAUAUGUGGGCUUCUUUUGCUUGAUUGAUUUCAUGCUCAAUGUGGAUCAUGAAAAUCCCAGGCGGCGUCGUGUGCUAUUGCGAAGGCCUGUCGCCGUUAUCGUUUCA